GGCCACCAAGCCUUUCAAGUUUCUGUCUGUGAAUUGUGCGUUUAGGAAGAAAUGAGGGAUGCAGUACAGGUCUGUAGAAAGUGUGAUGAAAACGGAGCCAGGCCACGAAUCGCUUGCGCCGUGUCUGGGAAUUAGAGGGCAUCUGGCAGGGCGCGUCGGAUGUUUAAAAUCGCAUGGUCGGAGUGGAGGUGGGCAUAUUGUAGUGUCCACUACACAUCUCGGCCCGGCGCUGUCGCUUCAUUGGAUGCGCAUUUCGUGUCAAGCAGGUCUCAAACUACCGACAGCACCGAACUGGGCAUGGGAUAUCUGACAUGUACUAUCGUUGGAUCGGUGUCCAGUCCGCAACUUGCUCGUGCACCGGCCCAGGCCCCGCGGGCUACUUUUCGUCCUUCCAGUGAGAAGGUAGACUUUUUCGUUGGGGUUCACACUGCUGCUAUCGACAAGCGGCGGAGAGAGAAGCGAAGGCAAGCGGAGGCAAGACGAGAUUUGUAGAGAGUGUAAAAGCGGGGAAGGAUUUCUGUCGGAAUCUAUCAUAUGCUGUUGAUGCUAAGCUUUUCUCCGAAGCUCUGGAUGCUGGUAGUGGGUCACACAAGGUGACGAGGGCAUCAGUGCCGAACCGAAAGGGCGAUGGGAGGAUUAUAGCAGGACCAUUACAGACUAGCGGGAUUUCGAAUGCGCCCAAGUCGCGAUACUGGUGUGUGGCACUAGGAAAUGCAUAGGAAGCGCUGUUCUAGGUUAUCAGCCCCUCUCUCGCGGAUCUACGUUUGUGGCUGAUCCAUGCAUUGCCUUGAAGCGGGUGCGGCGGCAACCCUCGCCCUUCCCCGUCAAGGAAACAAUUGCUGUCUAUUAGAUGGUUUAUGUAGUAUGCACGCUAGUGGCAGUCUAAGUCACACGGACCUUAGGGGGCUUUUUAACGCAAGGAGACAGUAGGCGGAGCAGUUGGAUUAGUACCUGGACAGUCGCAAGGCCUGGUAUCUCGAAUCCCGUGGGUCACUUGUCAGGGGUGUGACACUUCAUAGUGAUGAAGUCCUACAACCAUCAAAUUUUGCUUGUGGAAACAAGCUGCAAGCACCUGAGUUAAACUUCAUAGGCGGCUCCAGUGAAGCCUUGGAGGUUUAAGUGGUUUUGGGUUUUCCUGAGAUUGCGAUCGACAAUCCUAGACAGCGAUCACAGGGGAAGGAGUCAGUAUGUCCGAGAUGACGAGAGAGGGCGAAGGUGAGCAGCCUCAGGCGGAAACUGAUCCAAGCAGUAUCUUCGACCAGUUGAUAAUAGAUGAGGAUGUGCAGAUCUCAAAUUCGCCGCGCCGCAAAGACGGGAAGAAGCGUGCGGCCAAGCCCGCCAGGUCGCCUUCGUCCUUGACAGUGUCGCCUCCUCCUCGAGAUAACUCCGCUUUCUUCCAACCCCAGCAGCAGCAGCAGCCGAGUUAUCUCAGCUCUCCGCCCCCGUUUGAUAUGUCAAUCUUUAUGCCAUCGCCUACUGCGCCCUGGAUCAAGUUUCCAUUGGUUUUACAUUCACCGCAAUCUGUCGAUAGCCAUUGCUUGAACCUCCCAAACAGCACCGGCGGUAAUCUCACACCAAACCACAACGUGCAAUUGUCAGCUGCUCCUUUUGAUCAGUUGUCACCCCCUGAUUCUGACUUGUUGGACUCGUCGCCCGAGUAUCCAUGGUUCCCCGCACCCCAGAAUGCGAGCCCCUCAGCUUCUAAUUUUGGUCCCUUGCUCCAGCUCUUGAAUCUUUCACCGAUGGCUGUCAAAGUUGGAGAGCGAUCGCUACCAGACAUGUCGAGCUAUAAUGGUGACAUGAAUUCUGUGGCUGCCUCGUCCGGAAUGUCGUCUGACGCUGUAAGCAACCAGGAAAGUUCUUCCAGGCGGGGCAGAUCUCCAUCUCCAACCCCUUCGCGCUUGAGUGACGUCUCUCCAAUGAACAGCCCCCUGACAAGCACCCCAAACUCCCCCUUCGACUCGCCUUUCGGUUCUGAGGGUGGCUACUUCAGCGAUGGCGGGACUCCCAUUGACAUAAUUGGUGUUCUCGAGAGAAGUGUAAGCAGCUCGAAGCGGAAGACGCCCGAUCGCGCCCUCGACGAAAGUGAAGAGACCCAGUCUCUUGAUGAACCUGACACUAAGAAGCAGGCGACCAAAAAGGAGAAAAAGGGAACUGUUAAACUAAACAAGCGGGUGCGGGAACCCCGAUACGCAAUCCAGACGCGCAGCGAAGUGGACGUACUGGAAGAUGGCUACAAGUGGCGCAAGUAUGGCCAGAAGGCUGUGAAGAACAGCACGCACCCAAGGAGCUACUACCGUUGCACGAGCCAUACGUGUCCAGUGAGAAAACGCAUAGAGCGAAAGGCGGACGAUCCAGGACUUGUAAUCACAACUUAUGAGGGCACACACAACCAUCUCAGCCCCGUCACCGAGGCUGCAAACGCAGUAGCCGCCUCUUUAAAGAACUCGGAUACUUCCUCGAAUACUGCUCCCUCGGAGGAAAACCGGGCAGCUGCUGGAACAAGCUUCCCCUUCCCACCUAUUCAGGAGCGUAAUGAAUUCGACCUCAGCGUGCAGAUCCGUUCCGGAGAAAUCGAUCUCGACGCUGCCAACCGCGACGUCACUCCUGCCGCAAAUGCAAUGAGCCAAGCGUCACAGUCUCUCCCAGCUGGACCACACAUGCCCCACAUCCCCACGUCCACAGACUCAUAUCGCGUACACAACCCUCCACAAACUUUAAACCAAGCUCAGCUCGAAGCUGAGCGAUUGUUGAAGGAGCUGCAAGGUCCAAUGCCAGCAUCUAUGGUCAUCCCCGAUCCCCAGCUUGGAAGAUCCUCGCAAGAGAUGUUCGAUCUGAGUAACCCGCUCCCUCAUGCUCAGAGUUACCAGGGCUUGCUGGACGACAUGUUGCGGCAGUCGGGCCAACACCAUCUGUAAUCCCUCUUCUCUCCUCUCCAACAGUGGAAUUGACGUUUUUGCACUGACCAUGCUUUCUCAAGGCUUGGCAUCUUAUGGUGUUCGAUGUCCUCUUUUCAUAAUCAACACCGUCACCUCAUUCAACGACGGGACGCAAUGCUGGUCAGGAUCCGAAACUGGUUGGUUGGGUGCAGGUUCUAGGGUUAGGUCAAGAAGGUGAAGAGGGCAGCUGCAGCAGCAUGGUUUAAUACUUCCUCUCUUCCUCCCUGUUGCGUACAUAGCUAUCCUUUCCCCAGUAACAGCACAGCACAGCACAAGUGACAAUUUAAUUUUUCACCUUCCCAGGAGAAAGUCCCCAUCCUGUAGAACUUGCCUGUGUUGAGGUAUGGCUCCUGCAAGAGGGACCCAGGAACGAACAUUCACGGAGGACCAUAUGUAGCACCGACAACGUAGAGACUGUGGAAUUCAUGCCAUUGUCCUCCAGAUUAAAUGAUUGAUAAAAUUCACCAAGAGCAAGAUGUUUUUCUUCUAGCGUGGCAAAUGGGCAGGAUACAAGUCAGGCUGUUAGGGUUUAGGUUUUCCUUUCUUCUCUCUUCCCUCCUCCCUCUGCGUCCCUUGGCCCCGAGGAGUAAUCGAGAGAGAGAGAGAGAAAAGAAGGUUCGGCUCUAAAGUGUGCACUAGUACCAAUGUUUCCGUGUACAUUACCUACACAUGUGUUGCAUUCAUUAGUUUUGUAAAGAGAUUUAGACCCACAUUAUUGUCUCCCUUAUUCGGGGAGUCUGUUGUACCAUGCGUCAUGCAUUUUAUUCAAUCUUUCCGCUCUCAAUUUCUGGCCUGCUUCAA